UCCGACUUCUCCUCAAUGCCACAUCAUUAGCGUCGCGCUGUCAGUGUUACUUUGUCAUUGAGCAACUAUGGAAUUGUAUUUUUACUGUUUUGGUUUUCUGUUCAUUGUUUUUGAUGUAUACGGUCUAAAGUGUGAACAACAUACGAAUGAGUUUGAAUGCAUUCAAGAACGUAUUCGCAAGAACUCAUUAGUAAUUGGAGAAUAUAUGAAGUCAGAAGCAUCUACUCAUCCAGUUAUGAUGGAUGCAUAUUUACCACCAGGUAAAAAUAGAAGAGUGACCUUUUUGGGCCGUUUCGUGAAGCCUUGUAAAAGGAAUCAGCAAACCACUUAUUUACUGAUACGUGUUGACGAUUGGUGGACAAAUAAAAGCUUAUUGUGUCCAAAUUUGCUUUAAGCUGGAUUGUGUUAA